UUCCUUUACGGACGUCACUUCCGCCUCCUCCUUAGCAAAGCAAGAUGGCGGCCGUCGUAGAGAGAGUUGAUGGAUGUGUUGGGUCCUUGGACUCAGACGCGGUGUCACCGAGACAGUCCACUCCUCCGCCGGACCAGCCGCACCAGAACAACCCGCUGUUAGGACUUCCCAUCGUGGCCAUUGAGACUAUUCUCAAUUUUCUGUCUUACGACGAAAUCAGCCUGCUUCGCUCGGUGUGUAAGCGCAUGGACAUGAUCUGCCAGCGGGUCCUGAAUCAGGGCUUCCUGAAGGUGGAGCGGUACCACAGUCUGUGCCAGAGACAAGUCAAAGCCCAGCUGCCCAGGCGGGAGUCGGAGAGGAGAAACCAUUCACUGGCCCGUCACGCUGACAUCCUGGCUGCUGUGGAGACACGUCUCUCUCUGCUCAACAUGACCUUCAUGAAAUAUGUCGACUCCAACCUCUGCUGCUUCAUCCCUGGAAAGGUGAUCGAUGAGAUUUAUCGCGUGCUGCGCUACGUGAACUCCACUCGAGCCCCCCAGCGAGCUCACGAGGUCUUGCAGGAGCUGAGGGACAUCUCCUCCAUGGCCAUGGAGUACUUUGAUGAGAAGAUCGUCCCCAUCCUGAAGAAGAAGCUGCCGGGGGCCGACCUGUCGGGCCGCCUCAUUGGUUCUGCACCAGUGGCAGGUCCGUCUACCUCCCUGACCACCAUGUCCCUGCUGGCCAAGAACACGCCGUCACGCUCUGAGAUGACCAAGGUGCAGCAGCAGGUGAAGGUGAACGGGGCGUCGAUGACGGUGCUGCGGAGGGAGAUGCAGGAAAUUCGCGUGAAGCAGCUGGAGCAGCAGAAGCAGCUGCAGGACCAGGAGCAGAAGCUGCUGGAACAGACCCAGGUGAUCGGUGAGCAGAACGCCCGCCUCGCAGAGCUGGAGCACAAGCUCCGCGAACUGAUGGACAGUAGUGCUGCUGCUAUGGGAGGACCCAGGCCCAGCACGGCUGUUCCCUCCACAUCCAGCAGCGCUGCCGUGUCUUCCACUGUUGCCAGCACGUCUGGUACUGUGUUGGCAACUGGCAGCGUGGCCGCAGCCUCUAUACCCAUAGAGCCAGAGGGCGAGGGGGGGUCAUCACUCAAACGCACCAGAAAGAGCCCAGACCUUCCACGACAGUCCAAACGGCUGCGCAGCAAGAAAUAAGAGACUGAGUGUGUCAUUUAGUUCAAGUUUUGUUUUUGGUUUCGGGGUCUGACUGAUCACACCUUACCCACCCACCCCAACCCGCGUCACUUCCCACCAACACUUAUACCCUGUGCUGUCUGUCAGAGGAGUCAGGAGUAUCCCUGUAGGCUUUACCCCAAAAUACACAAACUGCUCGUGGUGUUGGAUUGGACAAUAGUGUUACAUGGCUCACUGCUGUCCACAGGUGAAACACUGAGCCCACAGCAUCAUCAGGACUUUGCACAACGUUGACACGGUCAACAUUUGUUUGUUACAUACUGUUGAAGUCUUUUGUUAUUCUAUAUUUUUCCUAUUAUUAACAGAUCCCAUGUAAACACCCAAACGUCUCAGCACUUUCUGCUGCGAGCCCAUUGGUUCCUUCUGAAGAUGUAACUCUUUAAAAUGUGUAAUUUGCUAAAACAGCUGCUCACUGUAGUUUUUAUCAGACUAUUUUAAGCAGUGGAUUAAUCUGUGUUUGGAGCUCCAGCAGGAUAGUGUGUGUGAGACUGAGUCAAAAUAAACUACAGUGUGUGUUCAUGGUGAUGAAGGAACAUGUCACCCAGUGCAACAGUGAGACUCACUGAUGUAGUUUUAAUACUUUUUGGAAACAAUAGAGCUCUAUGGCUCAGACAAAUACACACACACACACACACAUAUAUAUAUAUAUAUAUAUAUAUGGACACACAGUAGUUGUUAGUGGGAUCAGUUCAUCGU